AUGGCUGAUCAUGCAGAAUGGCUUGAUUAUUUUACACCAGUUAAUUUCUCGUCAAGUAAUGAUAUUCGUACUUGUGAUAAGUUGUCAGGUGAUGAAUUCGACGAAGAUGAAUUAUUAGCACGAGCAAAAUGGGCUUGGAAUAUUGGACAAAAUGAAAAACAGUACAGAAAUGAACAUGGUUUGAUAUAUGAAGUUUCUGUAUCAAUAUUAUUAAACCGUCAUUUUCUCGUAUAUGAAUCGGAUCAAAUACAUGAAUUAUCUAGCAAAGUACCUUUGUUAAUAUUUUUCCAUGGUUUAAAUUCAUCAGCUUGGUUUAUGGCUUUAGUUCGAACAAAAUGGAUUGAAAAAGCGAAUAUUAAUAAUUUUUUAGUUGUUUUUGGACAGAGUAAAGGUAAACAAUUUCGAAAAGGACCUAAAUAUAAUCGACAUGGUGCAGUACAAUUUGGUGAUGAUUUAUCUUGGGAAAUUCAAGAACCUAAUGAUGAUUUUAUUUAUCUUGAUUUUAUUCUUGAUUAUAUGAAAGAACGUUAUGCACAAAAAUUAGAUUUAUCUCGUAUUUACUAUACUGGUUAUUCUAAUGGUGGUCUAUUCAGUUCAAAUGUUGCUAUUCAUUAUGGUGGACAUGUUUUUAGCGCAAUUUGUAAUCAUUGUGGAGGUUAUGGUGGUCUAGGAUAUAAAAAUGAAGAAUUACUUGAUCCAAAUACGAUUAAAAAACCAGUACCAAUUUAUAUACUAACCGGCACUCGAGAUAGCUACUUAGCAAGUUGUGAAAAAGCAAAAAACCUAUUUGAAAAUGCCGGAUGUCCUGUAAAAAUAGACAUUAUGAAUAACAGAAGUCAUCGUUAUUAUGUAGAUAAAGAAACAGAUAUUUGGAAUUUUUUAAGUUCACAUCAAAAUAUCAAUGAUUAA